UAACUUUUACCAGAGUUAGCGGUGGCUAGCUUAGCAUGUCGCUGUUAAAAUCAUGAUUUUCACUGUAAUGACACUGUCGGCUUGGCUCGGUGGCGUUUUGAAUUUGUGUAACGUUAUACUUUAUAGUGUAGCGCAGUUGUUGUACUGCAAGUUUCUGGCUAGCUAACGUUACUUCAUUUGGCUGAUAGUUCUGCAGAAAAUUAAUGGGCAGCAUGGUUCAAACAGUGGCCAGUAACUUUAACGUUAUAUGUUGUUUCAUUUAGUUUCAACACUUCUACAAAAGAUGCGACAAUCAGAUACAUCAGGUUAACGUUACUCUAAGCACUAUUGCUUGGAAGUGCUCUUUGGACCGUGGGACGGAUGAAAGGUCGAUGCUGUAAGAGGCCCAGCUGGGCUGUAGCUGCCCUCUUUUUCCCAGUUAGCCUGCUGAUGCUGACCUACAGGGGAGCAUCAAGCAGCCACCAGAUGACACAAACGGCUAUGGCUCAUGCAACGCACACAGCUGCAGGACCAGGACCCUUUUUGACAGAUGACCUCCCAGGCCUUCAGGCAGUAGCUGAAUUCUUAGCCAGCGAAAAUGCUCAUGUUUGGCUCUUGUCCCUGGUGGGCUCUGUUGCUGUUGGCCUCAGCGGAAUAUUCCCCCUGCUCGUCAUUCCCAUUGAAGCUGGAGCUACCCUCAAAACAGAAGCUGGAUGCCAGAAGCUGAAACAGCUCCUGAGUUUUGCUAUUGGUGGUCUCCUCGGCGAUGUGUUUCUUCACCUCCUUCCUGAGGCGUGGGCACACUCUGGUUCCUCGGCUGGUAAACAAAACCACUAUAUGACCCAGGGCUUGUGGGUAAUUGUUGGCCUAUUGGCCUUCCUUCUUUUGGAGAAGAUGUUUCCAGACCAAAACAGCCAAGAGAAUCCUACUUCAAAUUCAGACCUGAAUUUUAACUCUGCGCAGACACAGUCUAAUUCCGUUUUCAGUGGAAAGACAGUGUUAUCACUCAGAAAUGGGCUCCAUGCUGAGUCAUGGAAAUCCUCCAGGCAGCAGAGUCUGCAGGAGAAAUCAGAGAAAAUCAAGACAAGUGGAUACCUAAACCUACUGGCUAACUGCAUUGACAACUUCACUCAUGGGCUGGCAGUAGCAGGGAGUUUUCUGGUGAGCAAAAAGGUCGGGUUCCUCACCACCUUGGCCAUCCUACUCCAUGAAAUCCCCCAUGAGGUGGGAGACUUUGCCAUUCUUCUGAGGGCUGGGUUUGACCGAUGGAGUGCUGCUCGCAUGCAGCUGUUCACAGCACUGGUUGGGGUCUUGGGAGCUUGCUUUGCUCUGUACACUCAGUCACCGAAAGACAUGGAAAAUUCCACUGCCUGGAUAUUGCCUUUCACUUCAGGAGGCUUCCUCUACAUAGCCUUGGUGAAUGUGGUGCCUGACCUGCUUGAGGAGUCCAGUUUAAGGCACUCCCUCCAGCAGAUCCUGCUCAUUUUCUGUGGUGUGGCUGUCAUGGCUCUGCUCUCUGCCAUUGUUGACUGAACAUGGAGGAAACCUCCUCUAGCUUCACCAGACACUUAAACUCAGCAUGGAGAUGCUGGGACCUCUUCAUCAUGGAAAGCUCAGUCAUCAUCAUCAUCAUCAUCAUCAUCAUGUUACACCAAAUCAAAUACCUGACAAAGAAUUGGCACUUUACAGAUUGAUGACUGACGGGACUUUGGUGUGGACACUUUAAAAUGUGCCAGACUUAUAUAUCAAGAGAAAUUAGAAGAUUUGUAUGGAUAUUUGUUACCAAAUUGUCUUAUACGAUAUUGUUGAGCAGACAAUCUUGUUAUUUUGCACAUACAUUACACAGGUACACCUGAUGUACCUGCUCAAUAGAACAGGUAUUUGUGGCCCUCUACAAGGACCUUCUUUAAAAUGUAUUGAACCCUAAAUUGUUCAGAUAUUUUAUGUAUUGUUGUUUUGCAUCUUCUGUUUCUGACACAGCGGCUUCCUAUUUAUUGAAAAAGAACACAUUUUUAUCCAACAUGCACCACCACCACCACCACGCCAUCAUUUUGUCUUGUUAAGAAAUGACGUGCCAAGACUAAAGUACACCAAAGUACACUUUAUCUGGUUGUAUCUCCCUCAUAGAAUACACUCUGCCUCUUAGCACAGGUUGGCGCUAAUGCAAAGCUAGGCUUGAAUAACUGAUUGUGAUAAGGUUUAAUUAAUUGAGGAUAGACUGGUACUGUUUGGUAAUAUUUAGUUUUCAAUAUACAUGUUGUCAGUAAUUCUGAGACACCAGAUAAGUGACCUGUGUGGGAUUGUUCACAUCACGUUGUUGACUUGGUCAAAGUUUCCACUCCUGAAGGAAUAAACUGUACAUUCCUGACAUAUAUACAGUAUAUUUUACAGGCUGUUUAUUUUCAGCUUUAUGACGACAAGACCACACGUGGUAGCAGACGUGAAGAAUAGGGACGCAGGUAUUGUAUUGAUCUCUGUGGGAUUAGGAUAUCCUGGUAUUGAUUAGUAAACCUGUGUUGAAUUGAUCUCACUUCACAAACACCGCUGCACAAUGAGUAUAUUUUUACUGCAAAGAUUCUGUACCUAAAAUGUCACAUGGGAGUGGAGGGAAGUAUUGACUGUGUAUUCACUCAUCCCAUUUCAAUGCAGUCUGUUUGGCAAGCUUCUGUUGGCAUAACGACUCCGCUGCAGGUUGCCUUCUUUAGUCAUCGGCCUGUGAGCAGCCCAUUGUCUGUGGGAGCCGUCCAUACUCGCAGCACAGAAGGACAACAAAUGAGCACUAUGUGUAGUGUUGUGAAAGAUGUUCAUUGGGAAACUGCAAACACGAAACUCUUUCAUUGAUUCUCAUUUGUGUUACCAUAACUUUAGUCCAAGUGUUUAGUUCAU